CGUCAUUAGCGUGCGACGCUUAACUUGACAUUCACGGUGCAGUAUCCAUGCGGAAUUUUGUGAAGUUUAUUGUAGUUAUUUACCUCACUGUGGUAGGAUUUUGCUGUUUUUAAAUAGUUGUUAAGGUGUUUAUAUGAUGUCACGGAAAUCUCAUGUAUUUUCUAGUUCUCGGUUGGUUUAAAUAGUGACGUAAACGGAUACAGGAAGUAAAGAUGUCUGUGAAACAAGCCUCGGUUCAUGCUAAAUGGAUCAUUGGGCGAGUCAUUGGGACCAAGAUGAGGAAAACAACAAAAGUUCGUGUUACUAGACUGGUCCUAGAUCCUUAUUUACUCAAGUUUUACAACAAAAGGAAGACGUACUUCGCCCAUGAUGCUUUGGAGCAGUGCACAGUUGGGGACAUCGUACUGCUGAAGGCUUUACCGGAAAGGCGAACCAAACAUGUCAGGCAUGAACUGGCGGAGAUUGUGUUUAAAGUCGGGGCCGUGGUCGAUCCCUUGACUGGCAAGAAAGUUGCAGGUCCGACGUAUCUGGAGCCUCUCACUGACUCCACGGAAAACCCAGAGGCGUCUUUAACAGAAAAAUUACAACAGAUGAACAUUUCUGCUUCUGCUCCACCACUUAACGCUUAACUCUGUGGUGUUAUUUUAAUGUAUGGAUAUAAACGUGUGUACUUGUUGAUUUGUCAUGCAGAUUAAAAAAAAUAAGGUGAUUA